AUGAACACUCCAAAAAUACUCCUUCUUGUGCUAAUCGUUAUCUCCUUAACGAUCAUCUUCACAUUGGUGCUUCAGCCACAAACUAUGCUAUUUGGAGAGGAAUACGACGUGCGUGUGAUCAACAGCUUCAGAGGCAACUCUUCUGUCCCUCUAGUGAUAUGGUGCAACUCGCCUCAAGGAGAUAUGGGUGGUCGCGCGCUUCAAGAGGGAGACGACUUCGGAUGGACGGCUAAGAUGGAGUUGUGGUCGUGGAGACAAGUGUACACGUGUACGAUGAAGUGGGAAUCGAAGAGGAAGAGGUUCGAGGCGUUUAAGGUUUCUAGGGACAGCAAUAGAUGUGGAAUUACCAAGAAAUGUUCUUGGUCCGUUAGAGAAGAUGGGUUUUAUUUUAGUAGUGAUGAGGUUUAUUGGACUAAGGACUUUUCUUGGUCAUAA